AUGCAACAGCGCAGCGGCAAGAACCCUCAGUGGAGCCACGCUCCCCAGAUCGAGAGCAAGGAGCAUCGCAGUGCGGCUGCUAUGGGAACAUGUUACUGGAAGGAUCUGAAUGUUACUGCAUUAGCCUCUGGGGUUAUCCUGGAUGCAUCUGCAGCUAAUCCCAUCACCUUCAGGAGUCACCCGCUCAUUCCUGACACCUACCAGCCCGCUCCCUCGCUGGUCCAGUGGGAGCACACCGUGCAGGAGAGAUCCGCGCCGAACUCCCAGGGACUCCGAUCUGGAGCAGCGCCUGUGCUGCACACCUCAUGUCUGCACGAUUAUUUAUUUAUUUUUGCUUUCAGUGUGGAUGUCUUGAAAUCCAUUGAAGAAGUGAUCCUGGAUAUAGUACUCCAGCUGUCUCAGGGGAAAGCACCAGCCCUCAGCUUCCAUAAGAGGACCCAGUGGUCAAACAUCAGGUUUGAUGACACAGUGGGCCUCCAUAUGGCCCCAGAUUGCACUGUCAGCACAGUUAGAAGUGAUUGUUGUACAUCUGUUGUAAGAUUUUCUUUAAUCCUGAAGGUGCUGUCUAUGAUCUAUAAACUGGUGCAAAGCAAUACAUACGCCACUAAAAGAGACAUCUAUUACAAUGACACACAGCUUUUUGGAUCUCAGAGAAGUUUGGACCUUAUCAUCAUUGACAUUUCCUGUAUGCUUAAGGUCCCUCGAAGAAGCCUCCAUGUGCUUGCUACCUCCAAAGGUUUAAUUGCAGGUGAUUUAUGUUUCACUGAGGAAGAUGGAACAAGGGUGAACUGUUCCUCCAACUCAACGGCUGUUCUUGUACCAUCAAAUAUUUGUGGAAUAAAGAAUGUCUCCUCUGCGGCUCAGUUUCUUCUGAUUGUGGAAAAGGAUGCGACUUUCCAGAGGCUGCUGGAUGAUGAGUUUUGUAUAAAACUGGCUCCAUGUAUAAUUAUUACAGGUAAAGGAGUUCCAGAUUUGAACACCAGGCUGAUGGUGAGGAAGCUGUGGGAUUCUCUGCACAUUCCAAUAUUUGCACUGGUCGAUGCAGAUCCACAUGGUAUUGAAAUCAUGUGCAUUUACAAGUAUGGCUCUGUGUCCAUGUCGUUCGACGCACGCAGUCUAACUGUUCCUGCUGUGAUGUGGCUUGGCCUUCUACCGUCAGACAUGGAGAGACUGAAUGUUCCUAAGGAAGUCUUAAUCCCACUCACAAAAAGGGACCUCAGCAAACUCAACAGCCUCCAAAAGAGACCUUACAUCUCUUGUCAGUCGCUCUGGAAAAAAGAAAUGGAGAUCAUGGCGAAAUGUAACAUGAAGGCUGAGCUCCAGUCUCUGACAGCCUUAGCGCCAGACUACCUCACACGAGUGUACCUGCCUAAUAAACUGCAAUUUGGAGGGUGGAUAUGAUCUCUGUCUGCCCUCUGCUGGACUGAUAAAGCACAGUCGUGUUGUUCCAC